AUGCGGCGUCAUCUUUUCUGCUUCGCGUUUUGCGUUUUGUCCCUCGCGCUCUGCCGUCGCGCGUCGGUGUGGCGUCUGUAUCGCAGCAGAAACACGUGUGUGAGAGAGAGAGAGUGUGUGUGUAGAUGCGAGUGUGUGUUUUUUCUCUUCGUCAUGGAGUUUGAAGGUUGCAGCGGUUUUAGGCAGAGACUCGUGUUGUCCACAUUAAGCGGAAAACCAGUGAAGAUACGAAACAUCAGAUCCAAAGACGACAAUCCUGGACUGAGAGAUUUCGAGGCGAGCUUCAUCAGGAUGCUGGAUAAGCUGACCAACGGCACCAGAAUAGAGAUCAACCAAACUGGAACGGUGUUGUUCUACCAGCCGGGUCUGCUGUACGGAGGCUCAGUGGAGCAUGAGUGUAACGUCCAGCGCUCUGUAGGCUAUUAUCUGGAAGCUCUGCUGAUGCUGGCUCCAUUCAUGAAAACCCCGCUCAAAGCUGUGCUCAAGGGCAUCACCAACCACCCCACAGACCCCUCCGUGGAUCUGCUGAAGGUCUCUGCUGUUCCUUUAAUGAAGAGGUUUGGCAUUAAUGGAGACGGUCUGGAAAUAAAGGUGGUUAAGCGUGGCAUGGCUCCUGGAGGAGGUGGAGAGGUUCAUUUCUCCUGUCCAGUUUCCCGCUCCAUGAAGCCAGUUCAGCUCACAGAAGCGGGAAAAAUCAAGAGGAUCAGAGGAACGGCCUUCUCGGUGCGAGUUUCUCCUCAGAUGGCCAACAGAAUCGUGGACUCGGCCCGAAGCAUCUUGAACAAGUUCAUCCCAGAUAUCUACAUCUACACAGACCACAUGAAGGGUCCCAACUCUGGGAAGUCUCCGGGGUUCGGGCUGGUGCUGGUGGCCGAGACGCUGAACGGUGUGUUUCUGGGGGCUGAAGUGGUGUCCACACCACAGGGUCAGGGGGAGACGCUGCUGCCUGAGGACCUGGGAAGAAACUGUGCCAAACUACUGCUGGAAGAGAUCUACAGGGGCGGUUGUGUGGACUCGACCAAUCAGAGUUUGGCUCUUCUGUACAUGACUUUAGGACAACAGGACGUCUCUAAAACUCUGUUAGGACCACUUUCGCCUUACACGAUGGACUUCCUGAGGCACAUCCGAGACUUCUUUCAGAUCAUGUUCAAGAUCGAGACGCAAAAGCCGAGUGAAGACGAGUGUAAAGGAGGAGAGAAGGUGCUGAUGACGUGUGUAGGAGCCGGAUACAACAACAUCAGCAAAAGCAUCAAAUGAACUCUUGUUCACCGUUCCCAGAUCAGCUGCUUUUGUACUUUCAGAGACAUUCACAGUGUGCUUUCAGAUUAAAUUUGGAGUAAAAGA